AUGACUGCCGAAGCGGAAACACACGAUGGGGAAGAUCUGACAGCCGCAGACACCGUAACUGGAGAACCCGAGACAAAUCAUGGAAUCAGCCAGGAUGACGACGCUGCCGAUCAGGAUAUGACUAUGGCCAAUGUAGGAAUUGAGGGAGAUAAUGUGCCGGAUAUAAAGACAGAAAGCAAAUCGGAGGUCAAGCUAGAGGACCUUUUUGCUGACAUCGACUCCGACGAGGAGUUCGGAAGCGCGAAGGUUAAGAGUCAAGAUAUCAAGCCUUCGAGCUCUCCAGAAGCACCAUCUUCUCCAGUACAUGUUGGGCCUUCAUCUCGAGCCUCAGAUCCGGAAGUGAUGCGAUCAUUCUACCAGCGAUUAUUUCCAUGGCGCUACCUUUUUCAAUGGCUAAACCACUCUCCAACCCCCACCACGGAUUUUGGACAUCGCGAAUUUGCUUUCACUUUACAAAAUGAUGCGUACCUCCGAUACCAGUCAUUCCCAACUUCUGACCUUCUCCGCAAAGAUAUUUUACGGCUUAUGCCCUCGAGAUUCGAAAUUGGCCCCGUCUAUAGCACCAAUCCACGUGAUCGAAAAACCCUUCGCAAAUCCUCCGCUUUCAAGCCAAUUGCUAAAGAGCUGUGUUUCGAUAUCGAUUUGACAGAUUACGACGACAUCCGAACAUGUUGUGAUAAAGCCAAUAUCUGUAAUAAAUGUUGGCAGUUCAUCACCAUGGCUAUCAAAGUUGUCGAUGUAGCUCUACGAGAGGAUUUCGGCUUCAAGCAUAUAAUGUGGGUAUACUCUGGAAGAAGAGGAGCUCACGCCUGGGUUUGUGACAAGAAAGCCCGGCACAUGGAUGAUCAAAAGAGACGAGCAAUUGCAGGAUAUUUAGAGGUCAUUAAGGGAGGAGCGCAGAGUGGAAAGAAAGUCAACGUCAAGAGACCACUGCAUCCACAUGUUGCACGGAGUCUCGAAAUCCUGAAAUCCCAUUUUCAGUCGGACAUCCUCGAAGACCAAGAUCCGUGGGAGACAGACGAGAAAUUCGAUCGUCUUCUUCAGCUUCUUCCAGACAAAACAUUAAAUGACGCAUUAAGGAAAAAAUGGAGUUCUGCCCCAGGUCGAGCUUCUACAGCGAAAUGGGCAGAUAUUGAUGCCCUCGCAAAGACUACACAGGGGCUCAACGCAACGGCAUUACGUGAGGCAAAACAAGAUGUCGUACUCGAGUAUACUUACCCACGACUUGAUAUUGAAGUUAGCAAGCACCUCAACCAUUUGCUUAAGAGUCCAUUCGUUGUCCAUCCCGGGACAGGCAGAGUCUGUGUCCCGAUCAACACAAAACACCUCGAGGAUUUUGACCCAUUAGGCGUCCCAACUGUUACAGAGCUUCUUGGCGAGAUUGAUGAGUGGACAGCGCCUGAAGAGGGUGAGAAGGAAGGGAAGAGCAUUGCGGAUUGGGAGAAGACAAGUCUAAAGCCUUAUGUGGAGUAUUUCAGGUCAUUCGUGGUAUCACUGAUGAGGGAUGAAAACGAUGUCAAGGUGAAGCGGGAACGGGAGGAGACAGAUUCUAUGGAGUUCUGA